AGUUCUACUUUCCAACUAAGAGCGCGCAGCGCAGGAGCAGCAGGGGAUCCCUUCGCGGCGCUACUCUCCGCCUCUCUGCGAAGGGCGCGGGAGGGAUCGUGGGCAGAGCGACCCCGCCCGGGAUCGGAUCAAAGGAAAAUGGCGGCGGCCGCCCGGAGGGUGGCGAAGGAACUUGAUGCCAUUAAGAAAUCAGGGUUAGGAUGCCUCCGGAAUAUUGAAGCAGACGUGACCAAUAUUCUCCUUUGGAAAGGACUUUUACUGCCGGAUAAUCCUCCAUACAAUAAAGGUGCCUUCCAGAUUGAGAUCAGUUUUCCAUGUGAGUAUCCACUCAAGCCUCCCAAAAUAACCUUCAAAACCAAGAUCUACCACCCCAAUGUGGAUGAGAUGGGUCAACUAUGCCUGCCAAUCAUCAGCAGAGAGAACUGGCAGCCUUCUACAAAGGUAGACCAAGUAAUUGAGGCCUUGAUAGUGCUGGUGAAUAAGCCUGAAAUAAACUACCCAUUGCGCCCAGAUGUGGCCAAGGAGUUCAAGCAGGACUAUGAGAAAUUCCUGUUGCGGGCAGAAGACCACACCUGCAGGCUCAGUGUGAAGCGGCCAUGAGAAUGAUCUGCGCUCCCCAACCAGUGUCUGCCCUACAUAGCUGCCUAUCUAUUCUUUAGAGACUGGAGACCUUAUCUACUAAUGGGAUGGUAGAAGGGGGGACCAGACAAAGUACAUGAUGAAGUUCUGGAUUGUUUUGACUUUAGGGCCAGAACUACACAUUUGGGGAACAUUCAUACCCUUGAACAGGCACAAAUUUGAACUUGAGGUGCAGAUUCAUCUGAGCCAAGUUAAAAUUUGUGCCUGUUCAAGGGUAUGAAUGAAAUUCUGUGUUACCUCCCCAUCCUGGAGUUAAAAUCUAUUCCUCAAAAGGGUAGUUCUGGCCUUAAAGUCAGCAUAAGAUUUGGAUAGAUUUCAAGUCAAACUGAAGAGAUGACGUGGUUUUCUAAGACAGGACAAUAUUUUCUCCAAAAGGAGCAGAACAAAUGAGGACAUUCACAAAGUUUCAGUGAAUUAGAAUUCCACAGAGAAAACUUAAAGUAGUAAGUUUUCUGUUUUCAAAUAUGGAAAGACGGGGUUGAUGGGAGGAGGGGGAAAGCUGAGAGGUUUGCUUUCUAAUCAGAGAAUGACUUAUCAGGAAUAGACCAAUAAGUAAUGCUUCAGGAAAAAAGGGUAUUGCAUUUUAUGCUUCGUUAUGUGCCAUUUUCUUGCUAGUCAUGUCCUACCUUAGAUGAAGAAAAUAAAUGCAUUAUUUUUUUCUAAUUCUUCCUCAUACAAGUCUCCAUUUGCAUAGUCAAUCCUAUUUCAGUAUUUUAGCUUUGUUUCCAAAUCUUUCCUUUUCUAUUCCAAGUUUAAUUUGUUCAAUAUAUUGUAGUAUUUCUCUCUCUUCUUAGAUUUUAGUAAUUGCAUAGGCUGUGUUGCUCUCCAACUCUUUCCCCAGUCAUCGUUUUGGUGGUAAUUGUUAAAUUAUACUUCAAACCUAGCUUUAUGUUGUGUAAUAAAUGUAGGCUAUAAUUUA